GCUGAUUGGUCAGUUCUCCGGAGUCCAUCAUGGCGGUUUGUUAUUCCGCGUGAUAUGAUGUAGUGAUCGUCAUUUAAACCUUCUCAUACCCUAAUAUACCUCUAUGGUUUGAAAUUUGAGAUACAUAAAAUUACCACCGGUUAGAGAUGGUGGGUGUGAGUGUAGUGCAGGUGGGGAGUGCUGUACGUCACACUCCCUUACCUGGACUCACUUAUGAAGGAGAGGCAACCCUAAAUUCAGAAGACCCAGGCAAGGCUUUAAGCAACAGUGUAACUCAAUUCCCUGUGCUGGGUGGAUUUGUUGGUGGUGGUCAGCUUGCAUGGAGAGCUGCCGGUCCAACUGUGGAAAUAAUUGAACCCAGCACAGGGACACGAAAAGCCGCAUGGACUUUUGGCGCUAUACUACACAACACAGGCACUCGGGUAACGAGUGUGUGUGGGGUUGGUCCAGGGACGAUAUCUCAAGUCGUGGUUGGUGUAGACCUCGGUGCUGACCGUAAACCCCAGGGAAUGGUAGCACUUCUGUCUCUCUAUUCUUCAAGACUUACACGGGUUUUUCAUUUCACUCACAAGGUCACAUCAUUAUGCAUGGUGUCGGGUGGUGAAAUGAGCGUAGAUUCAGGUACUUUAGCAUCUGAGCUACGGCCAUGGCAUGGGCUUCUGGUGGUGGGCACAUCACAUGGUACAUUGCAUCUCCUUGAUUUGGCACUGGAUCUAGGAGGAAACAAAGUGUUGUCUGAUGAGAUUUCCCCUGGAAAUUUAACCAGUGUUGUGACACCUGAUCCUCAAGCUGAGCGAAGUCGCAUCAAUGCUAUAAUGCAAAACUGCCAUCCCACCAUGUGUCUUAGUGAUGGUAUGAGCUAUGGUGGACGAUUCCAGUUGAUUGGCCCAGAUGAUAACAUUCUGUUUGAGACUUCUGGACAUCUUGUGAACAUAACUGCCUUGUCAUUCAUUCCUCAACUAGCGUCUCUUAUUGUUGGCUACAACUUUGGAGCUUUCCAGAUUAUUAACCUGUCAACACUCACUAUUGACUGUGCAAGCCCAUAUGAAGUUAAUAUGCCACCUGUUCAUUCUUUUGCUUGUCAAGAACCAGAAAAUGACCCCAAAAACUUUGUGUAUCUCUGGCUGUGUCGUAGCUGGGGUCCUGCAGGCAAAGAUAAUAAAAAUAGCAAAGGGACUGGUUCACACGCAUUAUGCACGAUGUAUGCCAUGAACUAUGAUAGCAAGGUUUGGAUUGAAGGUCAUGGGUUGUGGUACCAGGGCCUGGCAUCUAUAUCACCCAGAUUUGAAUUUGAUGCCGUUGGUGGACUUGGCCUUAAGGGGCAGCCAGUGGAACCCAGUUUAGUCUUUGCAGCGAUGACUGUACGACAAACAACACAAACCUCAGCCACUCCUGGCGGAUCAUCAUCAGUGUCUGCUCUGGCUACACCUGAUGAAGACUCUGGACCUGUGCCUGAGCAGAGCUUAUGUAUGUUUGGUUGGGUAGGAGGUACUCUAGAACAAGGACAGGUCUCCAUCAACCAUUAUUUGGCUGUGUUUGACAUCAAUCAGUGGUACCAGGCACAAAUGCCCUCAAGUUUAAAGCUGGAGAACGAUCAUCUGUGCCCCUACAUGAGCUUUCAUGUGCUAGACAGAGUACCAGGAAGUAACACAAAUGGAGGUCCAAGUGAGUGUGUCUUGGGUGCUGCACCAAUACCUGCAUCAUGGACGCGACACAUGUCCCGCACUUGUAACGACAGUGACUGGUUCCCAGCAGCAUUAUCUUAUGAUGCUCAUGUGCUGACCAGUGAAGGUUUGAUGGAGUACCUUUGCCAGAGUGCACAACAGGCAGCACUUGUUCACCUCACUUCUUGUGGCCCUUCGGCAAUAGUGAGUCCAGAGGAGGCCUAUGCCAUGUGUGUGUUUGCUGGCCUCAUACCUCAAGAUGCUCAACCCCCUUCCAUUGGUUCUUCUAUGGUGAUAGAACGUGAAGCCCUACUCAAUGUAGCACUGGAUCAACAGCUAAUAUCUCUUUUGGUCCAAUGUGUUGCUGAAUUCUCUGAAGGACGGUUCACUAACUUGGGCUGCUCGUUGCCCUCUCUUCUUGAAUGGUCAUGGUCUCGUGUCUGUACCAUCAAGGCUACAAAUGAUAAUCUCUCUUUACCUUUGUUUGAUCCUGACUGUGGGGUGAUGAGUUCUGAGAGCAUCGCCACUCUCCACCAGAACCUGACCAGCCUUGCUUCCCUCACCACCAUCAUUACUACCAUUCGUGAUUAUGCCAGUACGAAUAUGAUCACUCUGCAAGGUGCUGGUGAAUUAGAAAAUCGUGUUCAAGUUGUGAGUCUUCUAAUGUUACACUUGAGCGUGGUGCUGUGGUUCUAUCACUGUGGACUUCUUUCUCACACCCCUACUGAGGAUGUCAUCGAGGAAUGUCAUGUACCAUUCCCUGCAGAGCUCUUACGGCGCAUAUAUAAAAAUAGACGUUCUGAAAUCCAGCGCCUUAGUUCAACUCUCGUUGGCCAUGAGGUGUUGAUGAUUGAUGGCUUGCUGAACGAUGCUGUUGGAGGUGCGGGCGGUAGCAUUUGGGAGGCUUGGGAAAGAGAGGGAGGCAGCAGAAUGUAUCCUCCUCCCUCACUUCACGCUCUCCUUGCCACCUUCCUCCUCCCUGAUGUAUCGACCACCACUAAACAUCGUAUAGUGCAGUAUCUCUUCCUUGACCUUGCUUCUCUCCUGUCUGAUGGGUAUGUCAGGGUUGUCGAGGAGCUUGUGAAGUAUCCCUCCAGCUUUUCACUGUCUCCAUCACAUAUCAAGUUAACACAGGCCUUUUGGCUUCUGGAUCAUAAGGAUUUCCAGGAGGGGCUCAACGUGUUGCUGGAUCCACUUGUGAACACCAAUGACAUAACAUCGUGGCAGCACCGUCGUAUUAUGAAGGCUUUUCUUUACCAGGGUGAACACAGUAGAGCCUUGACAUAUGCUCAAAUUCGUCAACCUCCCAAGGUAGAUCUCGAUGAUAUAAGAUUACAUUUAACUCUCCUAUUGGCCAAUGGACUCGUCAGGGAAGCCUUCCACUACCAACGGUCACAUCGCAUCAAGAAUAACUCUCAGGAUCUUCUCAACCACCUUUUUACUGGGUGUGAACAGCUAGGAAAGUUGGAGUGUGUUAUUCACCUACCCCUUUCACCUUUGGAGGAAGAAGCACUUGUUUCCUACCUCCAAGCCUCAACUAAUACAUCUGCUCAUGACUAUCUUCUCGUUUAUUACCUCCAAAGGGCCAGGUAUGAUGAAGCCGCUGGCCUUCAGGACAGUUUGCGUGGAGGCUUGUGCACUGCUAAGAAGCGACAGGGAGCGCGAUCUGCACUUGUCCAUGGCUACCUCACUCACUUACCCGAUGUUGCUAAGAGAUUGUCGGGUGGUAUGUUGAGGAAGGUUGGUCCUACACGGGUCAUCUAUUCAAAGCCUCAGCCACUUUCUGCACAGAUCCGUCAAGCUGCCUCAAGUCCCAGGUCUCAUACUGCCAACAUCAAUAGAAUGUUCGAGGAUAAUAAAGAUGAAUGGUCUUCAAAGCAGGCGGCCAUUGCACCUUUCACACCAUUUAGAAACAAAUCUCAGAGGCGCAAAGCACACGAACCAGGAAAGUCUGAUGACAUUUCAGAUGCAUUCACACCAAAGAGAAGCUCAUUAAGAGAUACGUCUCAUGUAGUGUUCCCCUCUCGAGUUCAAGCAUCACACUCCAGGUUUAUUGAGGAGGAAGAGGUUGAGAUUGGGCUCUUCAGUCCUUCCGUAAAAAGGAGUCACCUAGGAGAAUCUUCCCUUAUACGUGAUGAUGUAUCAAAGCUCAUGGAAUCUGUUUUAAGAAGAAGCAUGUAUGUUUCAGGAUCAGAAAUAAAUGCCGGUAUGACCCAGAAUAUCUCGUCAGACUUGAUGUCGUUGCUACAGACUCCCAAAAUUAUAAGAAAAAGAAAGUCUGGGGUACAGUCAAGUGCUGAGUCCCCUCUUGUUGAUACACCUCAGUCAAUACUUAAGGUGCGUCAGAUGGUACAGAGACCACUAAGCCCGUCUGCAGCCAGUGAUACUUCAAUCCCUGUGUUUCCUCGACUCAGUGCUAAGAAGGGCAGCACAUCAACUGCUGAUGACACACUGCAAAGUCGAGCUAAUGAUACCAGCAUGACUCCUAAGCAACUGCGUUUCCACCUUCCCAAAAUGAAAAUGGAUGACGAGAUUGUUGCAAAGGAACAAGCUGAGGAUGAGGAAGAAGAGGUGAUGCCAGUGGAUGAUAACUAUGCUUCAGAAGAGGAGGAGGAGGAGACAGAAAAGGAUAUAGAAGAAGAAGAAGCAGAGAUGGACGUGGAAUAUGAACGGAAGGAAGAGAAACAGGUAAAAGAAUUUGAAGUGGAUGAAGAGGAGGAGGUAGAA